AUGCGUCUCAGCAUCAUUCUGCUCACUUCACUGGCAUCCAUCGCUACUGCGGUCCCUGCAACGGAUGCCGCGAACAACAACUGUGGCUGGCCCAAUGGUAACUGCUAUGGCAAUGACUGUCAUGGAGAAUUGAGUGGUGACAAAAUCACUUGCACCUCUGGCAAAUACCUCGGCUGCCAGUGUGGCUAUGGCUGUGGUCGUAAGACGGGCAAGUGCAAUGAGAAUGGCUGUGAUGGGCGCAAUGGGCGGUGCACGAAUAACUACCUUGGUUGCUCGUGCAACUAA